AGGCGCUCCACGGAAAUCGCAGUCGUCGCGUCGGCCGAUCAGUCGGGAAAGAGUGGGUGAAAAAGCCGAGUGGCGAAGGGGGAGAGAAACGCGCUCUGUGUCUCUCGCACCCAUUUUCGCUCACCUCUUCUUCUGCUUCCUCCUUUCUCUUCCCUGUCCUUUAAAACCCUAAGUCCCGCGGAUCCUUGUUUCGUUCGAUUUCGAUCUCCGUCGCCAUGGCUGUCCCAGAGAACGCCCGGCAAUCUUUGCUCCCUAGCUUCCUUUACUCAUCACCGGCCUUUUCCUCCCUCAGGGCUCUAGACAACCCAGCCCUCUCGUCGCCCCUGAUGUCGUCUUCGAUGUCGGCCGCGAAGGCGCCCUCGUCGCCUGCGGUCGGAUCUUUCGUCGUCCCCGCCCCCAGCGAGCCUGGCAAAAUUGCGAUGUACUCGCCGGCUUUCUAUGCCGCGUGCACCGCCGGAGGUAUCCUCAGCUGUGGCCUUACUCACAUGGCCGUCACUCCUCUCGAUCUUGUUAAGUGCAAUAUGCAGAUUGAUCCUGCAAAGUACAAGAGUAUCACUUCGGGUUUCGGUGUGCUGCUUAGAGAGCAAGGUCUCAGGGGGUUCUUCAGGGGCUGGGUGCCCACGCUGCUUGGGUACAGCGCUCAGGGUGCCUGCAAAUUUGGUUUCUAUGAGUUCUUCAAGAAAUACUAUUCUGAUAUUGCGGGACCUGAAUAUGCUGCAAAAUACAAGACAUUGAUAUACCUUGCUGGAUCUGCAUCUGCUGAGGUGAUUGCUGAUGUUGCACUUUGCCCGAUGGAGGCAGUGAAAGUCCGUGUUCAGACUCAGCCAGGAUUUGCCAGAGGAUUGGCAGACGGGUUUCCCAAGUUCGUUAAAUCUGAAGGUGCACUUGGGCUUUACAAGGGUCUUGUUCCUCUUUGGGGCCGGCAGAUUCCUUAUACCAUGAUGAAGUUUGCUUCUUUUGAAACCAUUGUGGAGAUGUUCUAUAAGUAUGCUAUUCCAGUCCCCAAAGAUCAAUGCACCAAGUCAUUUCAACUUGGAGUUAGCUUUGCUGGUGGUUAUGUUGCUGGUGUUUUCUGCGCUAUUGUUUCACAUCCUGCUGACAAUCUUGUUUCCUUCCUCAACAAUGCUAAAGGAGCAACAGUUGGGGAUGCGGUGAAGAAGCUCGGGAUAUGGGGUCUGUUUACUCGUGGUCUCCCUUUGCGUAUUGUCAUGAUUGGAACACUAACUGGUGCUCAGUGGGGGAUUUAUGACGCUUUCAAGGUUUUUGUUGGCCUGCCAACUACUGGUGGUGUUGCUCCUGCUGCUGCCCCUGCCAAAGAACUUGCAAAGAUGUGAGAUCAACUAGAUUUCAUUGAUCAGAACGAUACAAAGCAAGUGUUGCGAAGAGUAAUAAUUUCUAGACAUCUGACACUAAACUGUAAUUUUUUCAUCGAACCAUACAUAUUUUUGCAUUUGUUGCAAGGGUGGUUUUGAUCUCAUCCUUCAUAAACAGAGGUGGCUGAUUAAACCUCCCGACGACAGUGUAGGAGGGUACCUCAGAUGCUUCUGCAAUUUUAGGAGGUUCCCUCCCUUGGUGUAAUCUCCUUGAGAGGGGGAAGAGAGGCGAUGUAUUUUUUUGGGUUAAAAGUACAUGUAGCUGGUUAUGUUGUCUGUAGUUGGUUGGUUUGUUUUUCCUCAUAGAAUUGCCUUUUCCUAUGCUGUAAUAAUUCUUGGGCCUCUACUGUUGAACCCCUUCACAAUUGCACUAUUUUCCGAAUAUUGUUACUGUGAAAAUUGCUGGUGAUAUUCAGCGUCGGUAUCUUCUUGUGA